GUGACCUUGCAUUCCAGGCUCUGUCGCAUCGAAUGCGGCCGGGGGCGGGAUGGGGUGUGGAGAUCAAGCCCGCACACGCCGAGGCAACGCCUCACGCUUCGCCCUCACCUUCGCGCCCGGAACCAGGAAGCUCGCGUGUCCGCUUUUUGUUCCGCAUUGGGCGGGGUGGGGUUUGCUCUUCAGUCACCUGUUGGGCCGAACAAGCGGAGGUUUUGAACGUGCGCGGAGGGGCGUGGCGCGCCUCAUUCCACCCAAGGAAAAAGCUCGGGCUCGGUCUUUGCGGGCAACUUGGCGCGGUCAAGUCCUCGCGUUGCGUGCGCAGUGCAAAGGCUUUCUCAAGUCCCUCGCCGGAUGUUGGCCUCCAACAUCACGUUGGAAGCGCCGGAGCCAAGCCGGGGGGAGCUGGAGCCUUGGCUCCUCAGCCUCCACCUCUCCCAGUACGCGUCGUGUUUCCAUCAGGGCGGCUACCGAUCUCUGCAGGACUGCGCCGACCUCACAGAUGAGCGCCUGCGAGAGAUCAAGGUGCUCCCGACUGGGCACCGCAGGCGCAUCCUGCGUGCUUUGGAGGUGCUGGGUGUCACCGAGAAGCAACGUCGGCGAGAAGAAGGCCCGAGAAAGAGCCUCCUGGCGAAGGGUCCGAAAAAAGCGGGCUCCUGUGAGCAGUACCGCCCACAAGAACGGCAGCAGGCGCCAUUGGAAGGGAGUCGGACCUUGCCUGCGAGAGCGCAGCCGCAAGACUCCGGCCUGCCGCCGCCAGCCAGCGUGUCCCUGUUGGACGAUCGCCCUGCUUCCUCCUCCUCCUCCUCCUCUUCGUCCAGCAGCACGGAGUCACUGCCGACCUCUGAAAACCCAACCCACUGGGAGAUCGGCCCAGAAGACGCCACUUUUCGACCUUCCCCUCCUGAUGUCCCGACCCCGAGCGAGGAUGAAGCAUCGUCCUCCGGGUGCGGCAUGGUGGACAACGCCAUCUACAACGCUCAGCCCACUGGCGCGCUCGCCAGAGGUCCACGACUGACUCGCUCUUACCGGCUGAGGCACAGACCGGUGCCCGACAUCCCACGGCAUGACCUCAGGCGCUCACCGGCGGCGCAAACAAGCGGGCCCCAACACCCGGCCGUCUGCGGGGGUCCCGGCGGUGCGAACGGCACACAGAAAGCUCCGCUUCACAGGACCUUGACGCCCAUCGCUCCCUACGGAGAGACCUUCCUCUACAACGGCGCUCAAAGCCUUCCGAAGCCAGGUGGGGAAGAGGUGGCGCCAAAGGACACGCUGGAAAAGAAGCAGCGCAGCUCCGAGGACCAGGAGCGCCCCCCCGUUGCGGCCACCCCAGACCUCGACAAAGAUGAAUACGCCACGGUGGAAGAGUGCGCCAGCAUUUUCCCAAGUUUGCUGCAAAGCCCGGCAGAGUACGGCGGCGCGGGGCCGGCGGCCUCCGGUCCCGACUCUGGCCCUGCUUCGGGGAUCGUGGCGGACCGCCAUCUCUCCGCCCGAUCUUUGGCGGCUCCCGGGGACCGUUUGCCUGAUAUUUCCCCGUAUGCCUGCUUUUACGGCGCCGCGGAACCUCAAGUGCUGAAAAUGGGCUGGCUGGACAAGCUGUCACCUCAAGGGAAGUGCGUCUUCCAGCGGCGGUGGGUGCGCUUCGACGGUGAGACGCUGGCCUACUACAACAGCGACAAGGAAAUGUACUCCAAGGGGAUGAUUGCGGCCACUGCCAUCCGGCAGGUGCGGGCUCUCGGCGACAACAAGUUUGAGGUCAUCACCUCGCUUCGGACCUUCAUAUUCCGGGCUGAGAAAGAAGCGGAGCGCCGCGAGUGGAUGGAAAGCCUCGAGGGGGCGGACUACGACGCCGGCUUGGCCAUCUGCGAAGUGGAUCUGACCGAUGCCAAUGUUCAAGACGCCGACCGAAGGGUCUUUGAAAUCAACACACCCUUUAAGACGUUCUGCUUCGUGGCCGAGUCGGAGCAGGAGAAGUCGGAGUGGAUCGAAGCGGUUCGGGAAUCCAUCGCCGAGACGCUGUGCGACUACGAGGUGGCCGAGAAGAUCUGGUUCAACGAGGCCAACCGGAGCUGCGCCGACUGUCACGCCGCCCGGCCGGAGUGGGCGUCGCUCAACCUGGGCGUGGUCAUCUGUAAGAAGUGUGAGAGGCAGCACCGCUCGCUCGGCCCCAGCAUCUCCAAAGUGCGCAGCCUGAAGCUGGACAGCAGCAUCUGGAGCAACGAGCUCGUGGAGCUCUUCUUAGAAGUGGGGAACCAGAAGGCCAACAGUUUCUGGGCCGCCCAACUCCCGCUGGAGGAAGAGCUCCAUGCCGGCGCUUCGGACGAGCAGCGCGCCACCUUCACCCGCAGAAAGUACCGGGAGAGGAAGUACUGCCGCGUCCUCGAGGGCCUUCACAACUCGGAGCAGCUCAACAAGGCGUUGUGUGCCGCCGUGGUGCUGCCUGAUGUGCUGCGCACUAUGGAGCUGCUGUUCAACGGGGCGGAUGUCAUGUGCGCCACCGGGGACCCGACCUGCUCCACGCCGUACCUCCUGGCCCAGCGCGCCGGCCAAAGGCUGCAGAUGGAGUUCCUGCAUCAGAACAGGCUCAUGGAUUUCCCAAGACUUGACCGGCAGUCAGACAACACGUCCUCAUCCGGGCCGUCCCCCUUCAUGGAUGGCUUCCUGUACAUCUCGGCGGGCCACGGCAGGACGCCGGCGGAUCGGCGCAGAGGAGACGAGACGGUGCGUCGCUGGUGCACGCUGGAGGGCGGCUUCCUGACCUACUACGAGAGCGCCCGGAGCUCGACGGCGGUCGGCAGGCUGGCCGUGGCCGACGUGGUCAGCCUGGCCGUCAGCAACGCCGAGACCGUCACCGUCGCAGGGGCCGUGUUCACCGUGGAGGUGUACCUGCGGCCGGCGCGGAUCGUCGUCAUCGGCGCCGAGACGCAGGAAACGCGGCGCGAUUGGAUCCAGGCGCUGACGAAGUGCUUGGUGCCGCCCAAAGCGCAAAGUCUGGUGCGGGAGAACAGCGAGCUCAUCGGCCGACUGCUCUACAAGGAGGGUCACGACCUUUACCACUGGCGGACGGGUUGGUUCGUGCUGGCCGGCUCCGUCCUGCACUUCGGCCCCGGCGACGACGAAGGAGACGAGGAAGUGCUUCGACUCAAACAGCUGCAGGAGCUCACGGUCACCAGCCACAGCGAGGGCGACGAGAAGAUCCCGGUGCUGCUGAUGGUGGAGAGCGGAAGAACCAUUUACAUCCACGGUUUCAGCACGACGGACUUUUCCCUGUGGCUCUCAGCCAUCACGCAGGCCGCCGGCACCGACAGCAGAGCGCUGGGCGAGCAGCAGCUCACCAAAAACGGCGUCCCCAUCGCGGUGGAGAGUUGCAUCGCCUUCGUCACGCAGUACGGUUUAUGCCAAGAGGGGGUCUACGGGCAGCCCGGCGAUCCCACCGGCGUGGCCCAACUCUUGGAGGAGUUCACGCUGGACGCUCGUCAUGUCAAGCUGAGGGAGAAGGAGCGCCGCCUGGAGGAUGUGACCGACACUCUGAAGAGCUUCUUCCUGCAGGCGGAGGACGCGCUCCUGACCAAGGAGCUCUAUCCCUACUGGGUGUCGGCUUUGGAUGAGGAGGAUAUGAGCCUGAGAGUGAAAAAGUACUCCACUUUCAUUGAAAGUUUGCCGGAAACGAACAAGGCGACCCUGGAUGCUUUGCUCCAACACCUGUACAGGAUUCAGCAGUGCUGCCACCUCAACCGCAUGCCAAGUGAAAAACUGGCCUCGGUCUUCUCCUCCUGCUUGUUCCAGACGCAGGGACAGACGCCGCAGGAGAUCCGCGUGGUCCGCGACCUCAUCGACAACUACGUCGCUCUCUUCGGCGUCAAUGAAGAGCAGGUGCGACAGAUGGCGAGGGAGAAUAGUUUCAUCACCCGCUGGAAUGACAAAAAGGACACCGCAUUUUCGCCGGCUGGGGACUUGAUCUUUGAGGUGUACGUGGAAAAGCGAGGCCCGGAGAAUUGCUGCCUCAUCAAGGUUUGGCCCAGCAUGCGCUCGGCGGAGCUCGCCGAGACGGCGCUGAGCAUGCGCAACGUCCCCUUUGACGCCGACGACGCGUGGACCACAUUCGAAGUCAUCGAGAACGGCGAGCUAGAGCGGCCGUUGCACCGCAGCGAAAAGAUUCUGGAGCAGGUGUUGGAGUGGAGCACGCUGGACUGCCCCAGUUCGGCUUUUCUGGUUUUGAAGAAGUUCGCCGGGGCCAAACGGCACGCGGACGGCAAAGUGGAGCCCAAAGAGCUGGUCAGAAGCGAGCAUCUCAAGUUCAACGACGGCUGCUCCAAGCUGCUCUCCGGGCACAAGUUCCAGGACAGAUUUGUGGUGCUGCGCGCACACAAGCUGCUGCUCUACAGAGAUGUCAAAAGCACAAAAGCCGAGAAGGAGAUCCAUCUCAAGGCUGCCAAAUGUUACCUGGGCCUGAAGAAGAAGCUGAAGCCUCCGAGCAGCUGGGGCUUCACUGUCUACACGGAGAAACAGCAGUGGCAUUUCUGCUGCGAGGAGCACGAGGCGCAGGUCGGCUGGGUGACCGACAUCAUCAGGAUGAAGUUUGGCUCUGACCUCUGCCCGGACCCGGCGGACGGCGCCGCGGCUGACGGCCGAAUGCGCCUGCGGCCGAACGCCCCUUCAGGCAGACGGGUGACAGACGUGAGGACUUCACUCGCCGCCGAGAGCAGCGGCGCCGACGGUCCGAAGCCCUCGGGCCGGCAGCGGCGUUCCGUCGUAUAUCCGUGCCAGCCGUCCCCGCCCACUUCCCGGCCGAGCCGCUUGCGGACGUCUGGCAGGAAGCCCAGCCCGGGGGGCGGGGAGGCCAAGAUGCCCCCGAAUCUGCUGAGCGAGCUGAAUUCCGUGCUGAAUAAGACGGGCCGGGGCGCUGCCGGCACGGAGUGACGGCGGAGCGCCGAGCGCUUGGUUUGCGGGCUGUGCGUUUGCUACCUGUCGCUUUGCUCCAUGAACAGGCGAGACGUCUUCAGAGAGAUUGUUGCCUUCAAAAUGGAUACGAGCGCAGUGCCCACAUCGGGACAAAAAUCCAGUGGCGCCAUGUCACCGUGUUUUCAUAAGUGCAAAGAAAAUGACGAGAAUCCUUCCGUUUUUCCACGCCCCCAAACGCGUUUGGCCAGCCCUGUUUCAGGCGGUAUACGGAUCCUCAACUAUCGUGACCUUGACACCCCUGCGCUAGCGCCACCUGGCUGUAAAAGUUUUGCUCGGAUGAAAAUCUUCACUAUUUCUUUCGGAAUCGUCGAACCAUUUCAAGCAAGCCGCACCUUUAUUUUGCCGCUGUACUCAUCACGUGAAGCCGAAAAAUAAACUCCUGGAAUGGAAGCAAUGAAUGAAUGAA